GUGUCUAGCUGCCCGCUUAUCUGCAGGUGCGUGCGGCGAGCUGCGGCUGCGCGACUGUGUGGCUUCGUGAAGGCGACUUCGCUGACCUCAGCUGGGUUCCUGAGUUUUUCGUGAGUUUUCCGCUUACCGAAUACCAGCAAUGAGCGAUCGCUACAGCUUCAUCCCUGCGACGCGGGAGCAGAUGGAGACCAUCAGGAAGAAACUGGGGACAGAUGAAGAGGGCAUCAAGAGGACCAUCGCGUCUGUACGAGACUGGCUCAGGAUGCAGCCGCAUCUGCCCGACGAGAUAGAUGACGCACAUAUCGAGAGGAUGUACAUAAACUGCAAGUGCAGCAUAGAGAGGGUUAAGAAAGGAGUGGAUGCCUACUUCGCGCUGAGGACCAGGUAUCCAGAGAUGAUGAUGAAUCGUGACCCUAUGGGAGCCGACGUUGUGAGCACCAUGGAACACAUCGUGAUACUGACAAUGCCUCGCCUUACCAAAGAGCUCUACCGGGUGCACAUCUUCGCCGACCCCGACCCGGACCCCAUGUGGGUCUCCUGGACAAAUUAUGGAAAAACCGUCUCCAUAAACCUCGACUGGAUGCUACUGAAUGACUACUCGCUCGGAGACAUCGUCAUCAUUGACCAGAAGAAAAUGACUGCUGGACACAUCCUCCGGUCUGAUAUCAAUAUGAUACGGGCUAUUGAAUUUGGCUACAAGACUGCCUAUUGCCGGAGCUUGAAAGCAUUACAUUUGAUAAAUGCUGACAAACUAGUCGAUUUGGCAAUGAAAAUAUUGAAGGCAGCUCUCUCCGAAAAGUUGCAGAAGAGGAUACACGUCCAUCCUCCAGGAUCAACGACGCUGAUUGACCACGUGGCAAAGGAACAUCUGCCGGACGAACUAGGAGGCACUGGCGGUCCUAUGGACAAACUUGCCUAUGAUUUCUUCAGAAGAACGGAGAAGAUGCGAGACUGGUUCUUGGAGCAGGACCGUUACAUCUCGGACGAGAGCAAGAGGCCUCCUGAUAACCACUACGCCGACGACUUGUUCGGAAUAGCGGGCUCCUUCAAGAAGCUCUCAGUAGACUGACGCAGUUUCAUUUAAUAUUGUAGAUCCUGUUACUUGUGAUAGUAAACUGUGAUACACAGGGUGAACUGGGAAUCCACCAAAAAAAUUCCAAGCUUUUUUGUGAUAAUUUCUGCUUCCGCCUAACGGACCCAUGGCUUUCGGUGGUUCGUUAGAGAAUAACAACAUUUUGUUUGACGUUUUCUUGUUGAUGUCUUCAGUCGAAGCCUGGUUUAGUACAGAACCCAAUGCUACUUUAUCCUGUGCUCAAACUUCUUCACCUCUCCACACGAACAGCAACCGCCGUCCAUCCCACUGUAUUGGUUAAUAAAAAAAAAAAGAGAAGAAAAGAAAAAGGUUGAAAAUGUGGGAAGAAAUGGUGAAUAAAAAGGGGA